ACCCUUCAUCAGAUCAACGGCCAGUCAUAAAUCAACCUCGUGAUGCUAACAAGCAUCCUAAAACUUCUCUAUCUUCUAUAAUUCUCGGUGCUUCAAUAAUGACCAACAAACGUCCAUCAUAUGUCAUCCUCUCUGAUAGCCAUCUAAAACACCUUCCCAAACACAUUCCGCAACAACAUUACGAUAUUUAUACUAUCGCAAAAUCCGGAUUACAAUGGAUUGAUCGAUAUGAUACACAAACAUCAGCUCAAUACAAAGUUGCAACCGAACAUGCCAAAUUGAUUUCCACGUGUGACACCAUCGUAUUGGCAAUUGGCACUAACACCUUACGCCAUACAAAGUUCGUUGAUGCUAUUGAACAAGUGAAGAAUAUCGUCAGCUUAAUUCGAAAACAACACCCACAUCUCUCAUCCCCAUCUCAAAUCAUCAUCACCCUCUGUUUCGCAUGCAAAAAAGAAUCCACAAAAUUCCCAACAGCAGCAUCCCUAAGUGAUAAUAUCGAUCAGUACAAUCGAUCAUUAAUACGUUUGGCGGCGACGUCACAUUUCACUGUCAUUGAUUGCGGAAUACAAGAACAACAUAUCGCAAAUGACAAAAUCCACAUCAACGUUAAAUUUCGCCAUUUGAUUUUCGAUGCCAUCCUAAAUCAGCUUGAUCACAAUCGCCUGUCACCAUCACCACUUAUCCCACCAUGCUCACGUUCUCAAUCAAUUAAUUCGUCUUCCUCAAUUUUAUCUUCUUCCUCACCACACUCACUUCCCUCUAAAGCACCAAUCAUUGAACAGUCUGCAGCACCACCCGCCGCUCCAGUACCUCAUCCUCAUCAUUCAGCACUUCAGAAAUCAAAAACUCGUCAAUCCAUUCAUUGCAAACAAAUGAAGAACAUAGUAUCAUCAAAAAAAUAUCAUGCCAAAGAUUAUGACAUAUGCCUUCACAGAAUUAUAUAUCACAAAUUCAAGAUCGGUGAAAUUAAACAAGUGCUCAGAGGAUUAAAAUUGCGAUGGCGAAACUUCAAUAAAAAAUUUGUCGAUGGCAAGUGGAUCUUGUCCCUGGGACUAUUUGCCGAAGAACAAAAGCUCGACUAUGAAUUAAGAUUAUCUGAGAAUCUAUUUACAGCCCAUCAUUACCGGCAGUUAUUUGGUGCAUAG